AUGACUGCGGACGAAGAGGGCGUAACAGACCUCGACUCUAUUGCAGACACCGGACCCAUUCAGUUUGAAUAUGAACUAAAUGAGCAAAACCGUCGCAUAAGGCUAGGGAAAGGCACGUAUGGAGUGGUGUUCGCGGCCAGAGAUCUUAGAACUCAAGUCACAAUUGCUGUCAAAGAGAUUCCAAUCAAAAACAUUGGUGAAGUGCAACCCCUUCACGAAGAAAUCAAACUUCACUCACAGUUGCGUCACAAGAAUAUUGUCAUAUAUUUGGGAUCUGUCUGCGAGGGCGAGACUUUCAAGAUUCUGAUGGAAAGGGUUCCGGGAGGCAGUCUAUCGCAGCUAUUGAGGUCCAAAUGGGGACCACUUAAGGACAACGAACCCACCAUUUCUUUCUAUACGCGACAAAUACUGGAAGGUUUGAAGUAUUUACACGACCAGAAG